UUAAAUGCAAGUCUUUGGUUCCCCUCUCUCUCUCUCUCUCUCUAUAUAUAUAUAUAUAUAGCCUCAAGAAGUAUUAGUAGUAGGCCAGUGAAAGAGAGAAUAUAAGUUUAGGCCUCCUCUGGUUCUUUUGCUUUCAUAUGGAAAAGAAUUGAUAGUUUCUUUACAAUUUUUGUUGUACAAAUUGUAGAUUUGGAGCUUUAAAGAUGACAAUGAAAAAGGGUACAUGGAACUGUAUGAUCUUGAGUUGUUACAAAAGUGAGCCAUUGGAAGAAUCUGAAAAUCAGGUAUUCAAGCAUAAUUCUUUCAGGAGGUUAUCUCUAACAGAUGUAAGUAAUCCAAGUAGCCCACUGUGUGUUGAAGAUCUCUCCAACUCUUUCGCGGGUCCGAAGCUGCAUAUUUUUACAUUUGCAGAGCUAAGAAUCAUAACACAGAGUUUUGCAAGAAUUAAUCUUCUUGGUGAAGGUGGGUUUGGACCAGUUUACAAAGGGUUUAUUGAUGAUAAGCUUAGACCUGGUUUAAAGGCUCAACCUGUAGCAGUUAAGUCUCUUGACUUGGAUGGUAUGCAGGGUCAUAAAGAAUGGAUGGCAGAAAUAAUCUUUCUUGGGCAGCUUAGGCAUCCGCAUCUUGUUAAAUUGAUUGGAUAUUGUUGUGAAGAGGAUCAAAGACUCCUGGUAUAUGAAUACAUGCCAAGAGGUAGCUUAGAGAAUCAACUCUUUAGAAGAUAUUCAGCUGCAUUGCCAUGGUCGACUAGAAUGAAAAUUGCAUUAGAAGCAGCAAAAGGAUUAGCCUUCCUUCAUGAAAGUGAUAAACCUGUGAUAUUCCGAGAUUUUAAAACUUCAAAUAUUUUGUUGGACUCUGAUUACACUGCAAAACUCUCAGAUUUUGGGCUUGCAAAGGAUGGUCCUGAAGGAGAAGAGACACAUGUGACCACACGUGUAAUGGGUACUCAAGGUUAUGCAGCUCCUGAAUAUGUUAUGACAGGUCACCUUACAACAAUGAGUGAUGUGUAUAGCUUUGGGGUAGUUUUGUUGGAGUUAUUAACUGGUAAACGAUCCAUGGACGAUACUCGGCUGGGGAGAGAACAGAGUCUUGUAGAAUGUACAAGGCCAUUGUUGAAAGAUCAACAUAAGCUUGAUAGGAUUAUAGACCCUAGACUUGAAGGGCAAUUUCCUUACAAUGGAGCACAAAAGGCAGCUGCAUUAGCAUACAAAUGUUUAAGUCAUAAUCCAAAGGGUAGGCCUACAAUGAGUUGUGUAGUCAAGGUCCUGGAAUCUCUUCAGGAUUUUGAUGAUACAUUUUCUGCACCAUUUGUGUACAUAGUUCCUGAUGAAACUUCUGCCAAGAAAUGCUUUGAAAAGGAAGGAAUGGAAAGCGAGGAAGAAACCGAAACCCAGAAAACCAGGCGCCGCGGUUGGAGAAAUCGGAUCAAACUGCCACUGUCUCGCAUAGCCUUUUCAGAUUCUGCUAUUUAUGACAACAUUGGAAGUGGUUUUAACUCUCCUUACAAUUCAAGCAAAGUGGAAGUAUAGAUUAUAGAAAUUAAUUACUAUUGAGAAUAUAGCAAUAUACUUCAAAUUUUUUUGUUUUGUUUUGUUUUGUUUUGCAAGAACUUAUUCAAAUUCCUCUAAAUAAGAGGAAGAUUUGUCAAAUUGUAUAAAAUAUUUUGUUCAAGAAAUGGCAAAUUGGCAACUGUCGAGUUCCUCAA